AAUGUAACUUCCAUCACCACAAUAUAAAUAUGCCCGCUAUAUUUGUUUGAAUUCCUUAUGUUGUAUUGUAUUUGUGUUUGUUCAGCAUAAAUUUAUUGCAAAAUGGAACCGACUUGUGUGGCUAAAGAAAAUGCAGUGCCAUCGAUGUCCAUAAAAAAGAAUUUGUUGUCUAUUAACAAUAGUACUAUAAAAAAAACGGCCAGAAAAGUAGUACUAGGAAAUUUGGAUAAUGUGCUGCAUCAAAACCAAACUCCAUUUAAAUUCGACUCCCAGAAUAUAUCAUGCCCUAAGAGCGUUGCAAAAUUACCACUUCAGAAUCUCCACAGACAUCUUAAUGAACGCGGAGAAGACAAUCUGAAAAUUAUACCUAGUUACUUGGGACUCUACUCUUUGGAAAAGGAAGUGUGCUCCCAGAAUGCCGAUGAAAAUAUAUUUGAUUAUAUGGACUUUUCAAAUACGAAGUGUUUGAAUAACUGCUGGAGAUCGAUUCCAGAAAUAUGGCUGGAUAAUCUAGCUGGUAAAGAUACCUUUACUGAACAAUUGUUUAACAAUCUAGGCGGCUUGGAAGAAAAUUUGCAAAAUGAUUACUUUAUCUCAGUAUGCAAUGUUUUUUGUGAAAACGAUGAGAGAGACACUUGCUCCCAAGAAGAUACUGAUAACCCUGGGACUGAACACUGCGAUUAUAAAUUGGAUUUACAAAUGCCGAUGCCAAAUUUAGAUGAUAUGGAUAUGCCAUUUUAGGAAUGAUAAAAUAAUGCAAAUAUCAGCUCCUUAUUAAAUUACUUUAAUUAUGUUUUAAAUUAGGAUUUUGUUGUUUUUGCUGUUCGCAGUGCACAAGUUGAAAUCGCCAACAAACAAACUUUUAAAUUACGUUUAGUUAUGUUUAGUUCGAUAAUUGUGAUUUGUGAAACUGUCAAUAUAUGUAUGUAUUAGUAAUAUUGGUGUAAUUUAUCCCAGAUUUUAAUUAAUUUUCUUGAUAUUUGUAUGCGAGUAUGUACAAGUUAACAAGUGAAAACCGGCCGUUGACUGAAAAACUGAGGCCGUAGUUUCGGUGGUCAGCGGCUGAUUUCUCAUGCAGAAGUUCCCUGGCCAGCGACUGGGUGAUGUAACGGGUCCGCUGGGUAAUAUAAUCCCACACACCCGGCACGUACAUAUGCGGCGGUUCUUUGAAGGCGACAGCAGCGAACGUCAGCAGCGCAGGUGGGGCGGCACUUAGGUUAGGAGUAAAUAUUUGAUUGCCCCCUUUGCUAAACCCGCUAGACGGAUGCGAUCUGAUACCAAACGCUCAAGAUGAGUCAAAAGUGUCUGAAAUGACCAGCAAGUCAUCAAGAUAGACAAAAGAA